AUGCCAACAAAUCCGUUCUCGUCGGGCCUCCGACACGGCGACGCCGAUGCCGCGCAAGCGCAAUCGAAGCCAAUCAUCACCCCGACGACGGAUCCUGAACGCAUCGACAAAUCGCUCUUGCCGCUAAAGAAGAGGGCGACGAGCGACAGUAGCGACCGCGAGGAUUCUUGUUUCCUAGUCCCACUUCCACCCAAGAAGAGACGGGUAGAUGCCCGCCUAAUUCCACUUCAGAGCCACCUGGACCUACUAUACCAGACGGUGACAGAAGUUGGCACCAGCGCGUCCAGUCCCGACGCGACCACGUCCCAACACCAGAGACUCACGAGCGGCGGCGACGAGCAACCCUUACACGUGACGCGGCCGAGGCGACCAGCGGCGCGCGACGGCGCAUACGUGACCAUGGAGGAAGACGAGACGGUACCAGCCAAGAAUAAGAAGAAGAGGAAGAAGACGAAUAGGAACAGGGAUCGAAAGAAGAAAUCGCUGCCGGCGCGGGUCGCCGCCCCGCCGCCGCUGCGCCUCGGCACGGGGCUGACGCAGCACCUCGAGACGCUCGGCGCCACGGCUCCGCAGUUCGUCUGCGUCAAGAACCUACAGAAGAGCGACGUGGACCUCAACCAGAACCGCCUCCUCUUCUCGUGCAAGCGCGUCUCCAUCGAGCGCCACCCCAUCACCGGUCUCCUCUCCCACAAGGAGACCUACCUUGUCCAUGAGUGCAAGGACGGCCUGCGCGUCACCGCCUUCGACGACCACGGCAACGAGUUCGGCUUCAAGCUCCGGUACCUCCGCUCCAACGGCGCCUACCGCUUCAUCGGCGACUGGGGCGACUUCGUGACGGAGCACGGGAUGCAGAUCCAUGUUGACGUCCAGCUGUGGGCGUUCCGGUCACCGAGCUUGCCCGUGCAGCCCAAGUUGCCCGACAAAGACAAGCAGCGGAGACUCGACGGACUCCAGGCUCACCCUGACGGCGCCCUCGGCCUUCUCCUUCUCUUCCAAGUACGGCACCACGACGCAAGAAACGUCCACCACGCCGAGGAAGAAAAAGAGCGUGCGCCGGCGCCGCGGCCGGUCCAUGAGACCAAGAGGAAGGCAUCGGCGCGACAAGACAACCUCGCGGAUCCGCAUGUGAGUCAGAAUAUCACGUCGGAAGACAUGGUUACGGCGGUUGGGAAGGAGAUGGCGGAUGCCUUGAUGGGGCUCUUGAUGCUCCGCUCCAUUUGCCUCCGUUCCAAAACAGAUCCUUGCUUGUUAGGACAACAUUUUGACCCUAAUUUUACUUUAUCUACUAGCUAA